AUGGCGGAGGAACCGAGCAACGCAGACCCGGCUACUCUGCAGCAGCAGGCCGGGCCUGGCGGACAUUGGAGUGGGCGCAACAAAAUCCCCACGGUCGGCCAAUUUAUGGAGCGGCUGGACAAGGACAAGAAGGACCGCGACAAGCAGAUUGACGAACAGAGGAAGCAGCGAGAACAGCAGAAGAAGCUAGGCGGCUCUGACGUUACUGCACACCAGAAUGCCAAAAAGAAGGAGCCUUCUGGCUCGCAAAAGACGGUGACCGAUCCCGUAACAGGAAAGCAGGUCACCAUUGAAGACGUCAACGAGGAAUACAUGGAGAAUGUCAAGAAUCCCGUCUUGUCUGUGCCCAACGCCAACCUUGGCAAAGAUACGCCUGUCAAGACCGAUGCGAGCCAAAGCAAUCCAGAGUACAAGGAGAAGCAGGAUGUCACUGCUCCGCCAGAUCCCGUGACAGAGGGCAGCACUUCUGAUGUUCCGAUCCAGGGUGAGAAAACCAAUAUUCUGUUCCAUCCGACACCUUCGGUCAGCUAUGAGCCGACGUUUGCCAGGCUGGAGCAGAGAGGGCUGUAUAUGAUCGUGGGAGUCUUCUUUGCUAUCAUCAUGGUCGGCAAAAUGUUCGGCGGCCGUUACUUGGGCUUGAUCCCGCUGGCCAUGUGUGUGAGCUCGGGCAUCUGGCUCUGGGUCAAAGAAGUUGUUCGCUCUGGCCGCGAGGUGGAAUGGGAGAGCGAAAAGGAACGCGGCAAGACUGCGACGGCCAACCUACUUCCCGAGAGCGUGGAAUGGAUGAAUACCCUCCUCGCCAUUGUCUGGGGACUCGUCAACCCAGAUAUGUUCUCCGCGGUCGCUGAUACCCUCGAAGACGUCAUGCAGGCUUCGGUUCCCGGUAUCAUCGAGAACGUUCGCGUGGCCGAGAUCAACCAGGGUAGCAACCCCAUCAGAAUUCUGAGCCUUCGUGCGCUGCCAGACUCCCACGAUGAGAUCAAGGAGCUCAAGAAGUCAAUGCACGAGGAGAACAAGAAGACCAAAGAUCCCCAGGAAGCCGCUGCCGAUGAGGAAGGAGGCGACUACUACAAUCUUGAGAUCUCGUUUGCGUACCACGCCGAGCCGAGUGGGAAGCGAGCGAGCGACAAGGCGAGAAACAUGCACAUGCAGCUGGUCUUCUACCUUGGUAUCAAAGGGCUCUUCGGUGUUCCGCUGCCGAUUUUCGUCGAGUUGCAAGGUCUGGUAGGCACUGUUCGCCUACGUCUCGCAAUGACGCCUGAGGCUCCCUUCUUGAAGACACUGACAUUCACGCUUAUGGGUGUUCCUCACGUCUCAGCGGGCUGCAUUCCCAUGCUCGAGAAAGCUCCCAACCUUCUGAACUUACCGCUCAUCUCACAAUUCGUCAACUAUGCCAUUGGAGCUGCAGCAUCAAUGUACGUCGCUCCAAAGUCGAUGAGCAUCGAUAUGCGUGCGAUCCUGCAAGGCGACGACAUCACGAAGGAUGUGCAGGCCCUUGGUGUUCUUUGGAUCCGAAUCCACAAGGCUGUCGGUUUGAGCAAACAGGAUAAGAGAGGAAGCAAAUGGGGCGGCAGUGAUCCGUACAUCACGCUCACCUUCAGCAAGUACGGCAAGCCAAUGUACUGCACUCGUGUCAUCACCGACGACUUGAACCCAGUCUGGGAGGAGACGACUGCUCUGCUCGUUACACCUGAGCUCAUCAAAGCCGAUGAGAACCUCAGUGUUGAGUUGUGGGACAGCGACAGGCACUCGGCGGACGACAUUGUCGGCAAAGUCGAGCUCAGCAUGCAGAAGAUGAUCCAGCACCCGGGCAAGAUGUACCCACAAGUCUCGAAACUGGCUGGCAUGAACGAAGGCUCCGAGAUGCCAGGUGAGCUGCAUUGGGAGGUCGGAUACUUUGGGAAGCCUCAGUUCAGGCCUGCUCUCCGCUCCGAUGGCAAGAAUAAGACUUUGCCGCCGGAGCUGAGGGACAAGCCGGAACUGCAAGACGAAAAGGGUGUACAGAACACUGCCGACGACGACGCCGUGCAGCAUACGCCCCCGGAUCCACUCUGGCCGUCUGGCGUUUGUAGCAUUAUCGUGCACCAGAUUGUCAACCUUGAGCUUGAGAACGUUCAGGGAACUCAAGGCAGCAGGAAAGGUCGGGAGUUCGAGCCUGCCAAGCCGUAUGGCGAGGCUACCGAGGAGUCGGGCGCGACACUACCAACAAGCUACUGUACCAUCCUCUACAACGACCAGCUGGUAUACCGGACUCGUGCCAAGGCUGUCAGCAGCAAGCCAAUUUUCAACGCAGGUACCGAGAGGUUCGUCCGUGAUUGGCGGAGCACGAUCAUUACUGUCACAGUCCGCGACAGCAGAAACCGAGAGCAUGACCCCAUCCUUGGCGUGGUGCCGCUCAAGCUCAGCGAUAUUCUAGAGACUUCAUCUCAAGUCACAAGGUGGUAUCCGCUCGAUGGUGGCAUCGGCUUUGGCAGAGUCAGAAUUUCGCUUCUCUUCCGUUCUGUCGAGACAAGGCUUCCACCUCAACAACUGGGUUGGGACGUUGGCUCAUUCGUCUUCGCUUCCGACACGAUCGAGGCCCGUGGCUACAAUCACCAUGCUCGCAUCAAGCUGCGGACCGGUGGUUCAAGUGGCAAGAUUGGCCGUGGCAGCUGCCAUGCGUUGAAGGAGGAGGGCAAAGAAGGCUACUACUGGGACCUUGUGCAGAAUCGCAAGGAGAACGAGGAGCUCCAGGGCGAGCGUAUCAGGCUGCCUGUCAAGUACCGCUACCGCUCGCCAGUGGUCUUCGAACUUCACACCGCCAACAAGCGGAAGGCGGAUGCAUACGCUGUGCUGUGGCUCAACACGUUGAUCGACAACGAAGAUGUGGAUAUCGAACUGCCCAUCUACAGGACUGGAGCGCCACAGCGGCUCAUUCAGAACUACAUCACUGGAGAGAUGAUCCAGAAUGCGGAAGGCGAGCCAAUGCCUGGCCUGGACGAUCUCCAACAGGCAGGCACACUACACUUCAAGGGUCACUUCCAGGCUGGCAUGGACGAAAGCCACGGCGCAUUCGUCGCAGACAACGAUUCAAGGGAGACGUUCGAGACAUGGGAGGCUUGCUACGCCGAGGGCGUUCGCACCCACCUGGUGGAGAAGGAACUUCCAGAGCGUAUCAACACAUUGCACGAGGAGAGCUUGACGCAAGGACGGGAUGUGCUGAAGGAAGCCAGCGAGGAUGAGAAGCAGAAGUGGCUCGCCAAGACUGGCACCGACUGGUCUGGUGCGUUUGGUGACGAUCCAGCGAGGUACAUGGACGAGAGCGGCAGGAAGAGAAGAGAGCCUGGCAAGGACGCGCCGCUCGGUGAGGGCGAGCAUGAACACGACCCUAACAACCCAUCUUCAGAUGAAGACUCGGAUGACCUCGGCGUUCAAGAUGCGGCUUCUCGCAAAUCGGUCGACACGAUGGAGUCGGGCUGGACGGCUGGCACGAACGAGUCCUCGAUGAGCACGAAGGACAUCAACAAGCAGAACAAGAAGACCGAGGAGCGUAAGCAGCGUGGUAUGAUGCAGUGGAAGCCUGCGCGCAAUCUCAAGUUCGCAAAGGACGAGGGUCUGAUUGGGAUGAGGCGGUUGAAGAAUAAGAUGACCGGCGGUCUCGAGGGCAGGCAGCCGGGUGUUGAGACGGAGACUGGCACUUGA